AGUAUCAGUGGGUGAAUACAAGCACCUGUUUCUCGACACCCGCCGCAGACGAGCUUCACGGGGCUGAGUAGCACGGGUGGCGGUGUACUUGUGGGCGUCAGUUCAGUGUGGUGUGAUGGGAGACACUUUCGAUCAUCAAGCUGGGAACUCUUGAUGGUCACUGCUAAUGAUGCAGUCGGUAGACAUUAGUGUCCGUCUUUAAAGGGGUUUUCCACAUUGGUAUGUUCCUGUAGAGAUCACCUUUGGUCUGAAGUGUUACCGGUUUGGACAGAGGUCUCGCCUUUUCAGUUUGACAGAUAUAAGUUUGACAGCGUGCAUCUACAGAUUUCAUUUUCGAGAGCCUGGAUACCUCUGUUUUCAGCUUGGUUUGAAGAAAUGGAUAUACAAAAUAGCAGUGACUGUCAUCGUGUCCCUGAGCAAGAAGACUGACCAGGGGUUGUCCUGCUGGAACUGUUGAUAUUGGCUUAUACGUGUAGAUGCGGCCAGGACCUGUGACUGUACGUCCAAUGAAUUUAAUCUUCUUCAAACAACUGGAGUUGACCCAGUAACCACCUUAUAGUCACACACCGCGGAGUUCAUCAUAUCAGUUCCAUGGGUAUGAAGAUCAUCUUUGUGAGCUCGGAUAAUCUUCAUCGCGACUUGACAAGGAUCAGGUUACCUGCCAGAGUGUAAUAGCGACUGAAUUUCCUCAUGAAAACAUUGUAAUGGAAAUAUCUUGUAGGUCUCAUGAAUGACUUGUCUGUUGUGAAGACUGAGUGUAGUUGACUGUUUGGAUGAGAUGUAAACAGUUUAACGCUGUCUCCCUACAGGAUUAGUCUCUGUGGUGUUAUGAGAGUUCCUGGGUUGAUAUUGGAUACUGCAUCUCCAUUGUCUAUUCAUCAGUGGACUAUUAUUCCUGACAAAUCAUUUUGUUGAUCCACAAGUGUUGUUGGAACUGAUCUUUACCUGGACCUCUGACACGAUCAACAAAUGGUUUAUGAUAUGACAUUGCAAACUUCAUCUUAUGCAUCAAGUUUCAAAGGCUUUAUAUAUUCUACAUAACAUUUUGCAUCUCUGGACAAAAAUCCUCUGUGAAAUUGAUUACAGUUUCCAAUUUUAAGCUUGAUUUUUGCAUCUCUGGACAAAAAGUGUCUGUGAUAUUGGUGUACAAUUUCCAAUUUUGAGCUAGAUUUUUGCAUCUCUGGAAAAAAAAUUGUCUGUGAAAGAGGUGUACAGUUUCAAAUUUUAAGUUAGAUUUUUGCAUCUCUGGACAAAGAUUGUCUGUGAAAUCGGUGUACAGUUUCCAAUUUUGAGCUAGAUUUUUGUCCAUGCAUUCAUUGAAGGUAUAGGGAGAGAUAUUCCAUAGAGGUGAGGCUAGAUUUGCAUGGUUAAUGAAGCUCAACAGCCUUGUGUUUAAUGGAGCCUGAAGUGGGAGAGCCUGUAAUUUGUGUGUAAUUAUACCUACUAGAAAUAUCCCGAUGAAUACUGUGGCUAUUUUCAACAGACCCAUUUACAAGUGUUACACUUUAUAUCAGACAGUACAGACGAUUUGAGAGACAGGAAAUUUGAUGCCUGAGAUUAUGUUUAUGUUUUGAUAUCUUCCUUAAUGAUCCCUGACAGCGACCCAUUUAAUGUAUUCGGCGUCUGACUGCGGAACAGGUUUUUUGUGGAUCAUUUAUUCAUAAACAGCUUGGACAAAUGUUCAUUCAGAAUCAACCAGCUGGAGUACUACCCUAGAAAUUGACCGAUUUGUUGGGUUCUUGUUUCCAUUUUUGUAAAGACAUUGACUUUUUUGCUGAGUGUUAGGUUGUUCACUGUUGGAGCUUGCUGAGGAUAUCUGUGUGGAAGGAAGGAAGAUUAUAAUCCAGACUUGAAUGGGGACAUUACAGCCAAUUGUGGCUUUUUUGUGAAGACAUUGACAUUUUUGCUGAGUGUAAGGUUGUUCACUGUUGGAGCUUGCUGUGGAUAUCUGUCUGGUACCCCAGGAAGGAAGAUUAUAAUCCAGACUUGAAUGGGGACAUUACAGCCAAUUGUGGCAAGCUGCUAAUCCUGUUAUGACCUGUUGAACUGUGUUUAUUGCAAUCACUGGGUAAAGAAGCUUAAUUGGCUAUUAUUGUGAUGCAACUAAAACCUUAAGACUUGCAAGUGGAGUCUUAUGUCCUGCUCACUUGGUUUUGGGAGUUUGGGGUUUUCAAGGAAAGCCUUCUGGUUCAUUCUCAGGAGAGUAUGUGACUCAGCAGCUGAAGAGAAUAUCAGUUUCUUCACAUUGAAAUAUCUGUUAUGAAAGUUUAUUUACAAUAGAAUAUCUGAACAGUUUUGUUGGAGAGUCUUGUACAUCAUCGACAGGAAUAUCUGACUCAACAGGAUUUUUAAUAACGGACAACAGCUGUGAAGAAGAGUCUUGUUCAUUCAACACUGGAAUACCUGACUUAACAGUUUUGGGAUGAUCUUGUCAUUCCUUCAGAUUGGAGUACCUAUGUCCUGAAAUGCUUGUGUCCUUGAAGGACAGUGUCUGCUUCGUGUGACCUUCAUUGUGAAAACUGUGUUUCAUUUCAACAAAUCAUGAUGAAGUUGAGAAAGAAGAAGUUUCCCCGAUCAUUCCAAAAGAAGAAGAACAAAAAGAUCGAAGAUCCCGAUAACCCAGCCAGCCCGACAUCCCCGACUUUGCCAAUGACCCCCCUGACACCAACCACUCCGCCUGUGUUCAGCCCAGCUAUAGCCUCUCCCACAGCUGACUCGGGGUUCUUUGAUCAGCCGUUGUCACGUGAUGCCGAGAACUUUGACUCAGCAGCAUCUGUAUCCCCCCUGUCCCCCUCCUCCCCAAUAUGUGCCUCCCCCACCAACACCCCUGGGACGGAUGACAGCGACCAGGAUAUCACUCAACUCUUUGCUGAAAUUUUGAAGCAGGUUGAAGAAAAUAAUACCUCAUCUAAGUUUGAAUUUGAUCGUAUGUCAUUGGACACAAUCUCAUCCAGAUCGGUGACUCCAGAUCCGGAUCUUGAGAGUCUGUUUGAGCUUUGUCCAGGGAGGCUGGGAGAGUCCUUCAAUGAGAAGAUUAAUACCAAGGAUGAUAAUAGUGAUAACGCACCGGCCUUGAAGAAAGGGGAGAAUACUCUUCCUUGUGGAUGUGAUAGAGAGUGUUUGUCCACAGUUGAAGUGAAACAUGUGGAGAUCAAGGCAGGAUAUAACGGGAGUCCGGAAACAUGUUUUGUUAUUUCUACCUCAACAAUACAGGUGUGUCAUCAUCCCCAGUGUACGGAAGAAAACCGAGACCGGCCACUGUUGCUGUGUCAACAGUGUGACCUUGACAUUCAUAAAAAGCCAGAGUUAAAUCAGGGUCAUCUUGUUCUUGAUGCUGUCCCAAAAGACGUGUGUCAUCAUCCCCAGUGUACGGAAGAAAACCGAGACCGGCCGCUGUUGCUGUGUCGACAGUGUGACCUUGACAUUCAUAAAAAGCCAGAGUUUGCAGGUCAUCUUGUUCUUGAUGCUCCCAAAAGACGUAAACCCAUUUUAUCCCACAUCUCAUCCCCCGAGUCUGGUAACCAUAGCAACAGUGAGGCUGGGGAGGAGUCUGAGGGGGAGGAGGAUACUGUAGAUGGUAUCUACAUCAAGAACAGUGAGAAGGGGAAAAGAUCAAGAUCCCCCGGUGAUAUUGAAAGGAGGUUAAAAAGGAAAAAGGCAGUGAAGAAAAAGAGUAUAGUGAAAAAUGUAUUUGUCAUUGUCUACAGGAGGGCUUCAUCCGACACAGCCAGAGUCUAG